GAGAGAGUGUUGAUUCACUUUCGCAGUCUAACGUCUCCAUCUCUGUCUUUAAUGGCGACGAGGACGGCGUUGUUCAAUUCCUCAAACGCCAUCGAAUUCCGGACGUUGUUCUUCUCUCAAACACCUCCUAUUUUUAUUACCUCCGCAAAUCCCCAGGCCUCCUCUCAAUCUUCCUCUUCUUCUUCUCCGUCUUCGUCCCUCAGUAUUGAAGGUGUGUGACAUUAUGCCCUAAUCCUACACAGAUAGUGAUUCGGGCUGGCGUAUUGGUAUAUGAAGACCAAGUAAGCAGUGGAGAAUCUGGUGAUCAAGUAGGAUCUAUACAAGUUAAAAAUGGCUUCAGCAGGCAAAGCUGAUCGGAAGGCUUCUCUUGAUGCUGCCUCAUGGUUGUUCAAUGUUGUCACAUCUGUUGGAAUAAUCAUUGUCAAUAAAUCGUUGAUGGCUACGCACGGUUUCAGUUUUGCUACAACAUUAACGGGUCUGCAUUUUGCCACAACAACCUUACUGACUGUUGUUCUUAAAUGGCUGGGAUAUAUCCAGCCCUCUCAGCUACCAUUACCUGAUCUUUUGAAGUUUGUUUUAUUUGCGAAUUUCUCCAUAGUCGGCAUGAAUGUGAGUUUAAUGUGGAACUCUGUGGGAUUCUAUCAGAUCGCGAAGCUGACUAUGAUACCAGUAUCAUGUUUUCUAGAAGUUGUCUUGGACAACGUGCGUUACUCAAGGGGCACAAAGCUAAGCAUAGCACUGGUUCUCCUUGGAGUUGCAGUUUGUACUGUUACUGAUGUCAGUGUCAAUGCCAAGGGUUUUAUAGCUGCUUUAGUGGCAGUUUGGAGCACUGCCCUACAACAGCAUUAUGUACACUCUCUUCAACGGAAGUAUUCUCUUGGAUCUUUCAAUUUAUUGGGACAUACUGCGCCAGUACAGGCUGCAUCUUUGCUGAUAUUAGGCCCCUUCUUGGACUACUGGUUGACAAAUAAAAUAGUUUACGCGUACGACUAUCAUUUGAUAUCCAUGUCAUUAAUUGUCCUGUCUUGCACCAUCGCGGUUGGGACCAACCUCAGCCAGUUCAUCUGCAUUGGUAGAUUUACUGCUGUGUCAUUUCAAGUCCUUGGCCAUAUGAAGACAAUUCUGGUCUUGAUCUUAGGGUUCAUAUUCUUCGGGAAGGAGGGUCUCAAUCUUCAAGUAGUCCUAGGUAUGUUCAUCGCGAUAUUGGGAAUGAUCUGGUACGGCAAUGCCUCAUCCAAGCCAGGAGGCAAGGAGCGUCUUCCAAGCAGCAAAUCCCAAAAGAACAGUGGCUUAUUAUCAGAAUCUUCUGGCGUGGAUGAGAAGGUCUAGAAUUCUGUGACAGGUUAUGACAACAGUUGGAGGUACUUCGAAAGAAAUAGAGAACGUAUCAGGGUCAGAUGAUUUGAGGAGUUUCUUGACAACUUUAAGCCAGAUCCUUCAUCCCGCGGUAAUACAGCAUUUUUUGUUUUCACCAUAGCUCGUCAUAUUCGUGUUGUUGAAUUUACUCAAUAGUGAAACUUCCAUUGCAUUGGAUGGGUGUAAGAGUUCCCGCUUGGAAAUUUACCUUGUACCACAGUUAUUUUUUAUAGUAAUUUAUUUGUUAAAUGAAA